AUGGCUUCCAUCCUUGAAAUUCUGAAUUAUCACAAGAUGGACAGGAGGCUUUACGAGAAAAUACUGGGGCUUGGUCGUCUUGCUAAUGUGGCCCGCAACAUCGUCGCUUUAUGGAUGAUGUUAGAGUUUAUGAGUAUCGAUGUUAUUUACUGUGUCAAAGACAUUACUGCUCAUAUUCUAUUGCUAGACUUUGUUUUGGAGGCAGAGGCGAUUCUCAAUGUUAUUCGUCCAGGCUCAUCAUCAUCCUCCGAUAAUGAUGAGUUAAUAGCUAUACCACUCACUGCCAACUUUGCUAAUGAACCUAUUGAUUUGCGGUUCUUUUCCUGUCAUAGUGAUGUGAUAGUGAGAGGAUUAACAUACAUUCUUGAUGGAGUUGGUACACUCAUUUUCAAUGAUGAAUUGAAUCAAAUGUUGCUCAAUUAUGAAAGGACAUUAAGUUUUUCUCAACAUCAAGGGUUGAGGUCACCAGCUAUACCAGAGGAGCUGGGUAGACAAUACAACUCUCGAGUUACACCUUCGUUGGAGGACCACAGAUCAUUAUUUAUCACCUUUUCUAGAGGAUUUGCUCUAAGGAGGGAGGAGAUCAUGGCUUACUUCAAUGAGAGAUUGGGAGAAUGUGUUGAAAGAGUUAUGAUGGAGCGUACUCCCAUUGGAGUAGCACCAAUGUAUGGAAGAAUUAUAUUCACAAACGAUGCAUUGAUCGAUAUUUUACUUAAUGGAGAGCGGGUGGUAAAAUUCGUGAUAAAUGGAAGGCAUGUUUGGGGACGAAAAUAUAUUCCCAGGGCUAAUCGUAUCCCAUAA